CGCGCGGUUGCUGCGGUGACGCGCGGGACAGGCCCCGGUGCCGGCGGCGCCGCUCCCGCGCCCGCCCCGCGAACUCGGAGCGCUCGCUGGCUGUCUUCUUUAACUGUAUUUUGGAUGGGAUUUUCUUUUACUUCAUUGCCAUCUAUAGAAACUGAUGACUAUUUUUAGUGCAAGCCUCCAUAUAUCACAAGAUGUCCUUCUGCCUGACUGAGAUGUUUCUGUGGUCUUUGAAGACCAACUUACGUAUUAGAGAUGAAGACAUUGGGAUCCACCAGUACUGUGACAAGAAACAACCAGCAUCACAGAUGAAGUACAGUUACUUAGAAGAGAAGCAAAAGCUAGCAGAAUCUCGAGAUUAUCCUUGGAUCCUGAAAACCAAGCGAGCGGACAAACUGCGAGAUGCACUCAAGGAGGUAGAGGACUUGAUGCAGUACAGUCCAUGUGUGCUGAGCAAAUGGAAGAACAAACAUACCUGUCAGCUCCUCUUUCACUCAGGUAUUUUGGUGUCCCUAAGCCUUUCUGGGCCACAGCUGGAGAAGGUGGUGAUUGACAGGACCCUGGUGGGGAAGCUCAUCUCCGACACCAUCAGUGAUGCUGUUCUUACAGACAAUUUCAUCAUCUUGUCAUUUGAGGACCAUAACCAACUCUGCUUUAUUCAGUUUACAAAGAUGAUGGAUUCUCCUGAUGUAAACAAAAGACUGGAAAAACUCUCUUCUUUGGACUUUAAGAUUUCUUAUGUUGAUAUACUUGGACCAGAAGGUAGAAGGAUGAAACGUCACCUGGCAAUAAACUGUAUGCAAGAUCUGGUCAUUUGCUGGUGGUCAGCAACCAGUGAUGGAGCAUGGCCUUGGUCUCCUAUUUCCUGUCAGAGGGACAGAGCCAACCUAUUGCUAUUAGGCUGUGCACAUGGCAAAUUGGAGGUGCUGAGUUACGUCCGCACGGAGUGGGAGCCCCUGGAUGCCAGGUUCAGCUCUGUCCAGCCCCAGCAGGUGCUGACUGUGGAGCGCUCGGUGUCCGCAGCCAAGGAGCCCAUGGCCGACAGCUGCGUCUACAAGUGUGUCAGGAACCGAAUCCAGUGCGCCGCCGUCACCAGGGUCCCCCUGCGAGCCAGAGCCAUCAGCUGCUGCAGGGAUGUGACAGAAGACAAACUGGUGCUGGGCUGUGAAGACUCCUCAGUAGUUCUGUACGAAGCCUACAGCCAAGUGACUCUGUUGGCCCAGGCAGAGCUGCUCCCUGCUGAAAUAACCUACCACCCUUCUGGAGCCCUGCUGGUGGUUGGCAGCUCUCAAGGGGAGCUGCAGCUUUUUGACACGGCACUGUCCCCAAUUAAAAUUCAGCUCUUGGCACAGGAAUAUUCACCUGAGGGAACUCUGCAAUUCAGUAAACACUGUGAUGUGUCCACCAGCCUCAUCCAGAUCCAGUGGGCUGCUCCUCCAGUUGCAUUUCCCAGUCCUGACAGCAUGGAUAUUCAUGAUCUUUUGUUGGUUAGAUUUGAUAAAGGACCCUUGGGAGUGCUUCACUUUAAACUUGGUGUACUCACAAGAGGACAACUGGGCCUUGAGGAAAUCAUCCACCAGUACAUUCGUAACGAUGAGAUACAGGAGGCAAUUAAUGUCCUGAGCACCAUGAACUGGAACACCAUGGGUCAGCGGUGCUUUAUCUGCCUGAGUGCCAUUUGCAACCACCUCCUUAAACAAAAGCUUACACCAGCUAGAGAAGCACAGCUUGAGGCAAGCCUUGGAACCUUUUAUGCUCCAACAAGGCCUCUCUUGGAUAGAACUGUGCUGGAGUACAGGGACCCCAUCAGCAGAUAUGCAAGAAGGUUCUUCCACCACCUGCUCAGGUAUCAGAGGUUUGAAAAAGCAUUUCUGCUUGCUGUUGACAUCGAUGCUCGGGACCUGUUCAUGGACAUCCAUUACCUUGCUCUAGAUAAGGGUGAAUUGGCACUAGCUGAAGUGGCAAAGAGAAAGGCUAAUGACAUUGAUGCAGAAUCAAUAACUACUGGAAUUGAACUUCUGGGGCAGUCAGAUGAAGAAGACCCAUCUUGUGAAGCUUUCCCUGACCAAUCUCCAGAGCAGGGAGGAGGAUGCAACCCGCCUGCUCCCGGCCCUGCCGACAGACCACCAAUGCAGAGCUGCUCCCACAGACCCACCAGCCGCAGACAAGCAGAGGACACUGAGCAUGGAGCGGGUAGCCACAGCACCUCCCUGAUCAAGAAAACCUUUUCCAACAGCCAGGAAGGAAAUAUGAAAGCCAUUCCUUCGGAGCAGGAGACUGGAGACAGCGGGUCCCUCCAAAUUGUGCACUUUGGGCUGGUGUGACUGAGCUGCCAAAGCAGAGAAGAGGAAACCUCACCAAGGUGGUGAAGUUCACGGGAAGACCUUCGGCAAACUUCCAGCCAGCCCUGGGUCUGGCCACUGGCAGACGACAAAACACCAGGCUUAGAAAAUAUCCUGUUCUUAGACCUCCAAAUUAUUUCUGGGUUCCUAUUGAUAUGUCCAUGCACAAAGUGCCCUGUGUUUGCUUGUGGAGGGCAGCUUGGUGACAUUUUCAUCAAAGGUGUCAAAAAAGCGAGUAAUUGCUGAUCCCCAUUUACUGUACAAUCUCAAUGCUGAAAAAUUUGGUGGGGUUUCUUGGAUGAAUCCAUAAGCUUUUCAGGAGAAAAUCUGUAAUUCUCUAUGCAUUAUAUGUUUUUACAAUCUUCACAUGGAAGCAGAUUUGAAUUUCCACUUAAGGCUCUGAAAACCGUCCUAUUGAGAUACCAGCAGAUAAGAUCUUC